CACGUGUUCCCGCAUGUCUUCCUCCCGACGAUCAGCGUAUAAACUUCCCCCGUCAUCUUCCACCCUUACUUCCGUUCAACAUUCUCAAGCUGCCAGGCGAGAAAAGGCUCUCGAAGACCAAAAACGCAAACGGGCUCUCAAAUUUGAUUUAUCUCGGUUUGCUGAGCUGAAACUGGGCGAUGAUGACGAAGAAGAUGAAGAGGAAGGAAACGGAAGUGAAGAAAUUAAUCAAGAUGGAUUCAAAGUUGUUCAUAGUGGAAUCGCGUCGUUUACGUCGGAGAUGAGCGAGCCGUCGCAACUAUCAUCGGCAGUGCCAACUACAACAAUAGAAACACAAUCCAAUCAGAAAUCAAAGCCCAAAUCUAAAGCCAAACCGAAAAAGAAAAAGGGCCGGAAACGUUCCUCCUCCAACGCACAGUGGGCAGACAAGAUCAUGUAUGCUGAGCUACUAGAGAUGUCUGACAGCGAUGUAGCUGCAAGCACCAUGUACUUGGAUAACAACGGUUUUGACGGUCUUCCCCCCAAUCUACAUACAUCUUGGGUUGCUCUUUCGCCUGUCCCAAUCGGUAAACGGUGUCUUGCUAUAACUCGUGAUGGGCCUGGGCGAAAUCCUGUUCCAAGAAAUAAGAAUGCUCGGAACUCUCGUAAUCAGGAAAACAAUACCUCUCUUCGUUCACGUUUACACGGGAAACAUAUCUCUCUUUUCCCUGAUUCGUCCGCAUCGAUAGACCCCAAUUCUGAUAAGUCUGACUCGUGGUUCUUUCCCUCUCCAUUACCCCCAUCUACGAUCCUCGAUUGUAUCCUUGAUGUGAAUUGGACGCAAAAUGGUGUUUUGCACGUGUUAGAUGUAUUGAGGUGGAAGGGCCAGGAGGUCGGCGAGUGUGAAGCUGGAAUGAGAUUCUGGUGGCGCGACACCCGCCUCGAUGAACUCUCUGCUCUUCCGCUACCUCCUCAAGUUUCCUCAAAUUCCUCCCUCUUAAAUGUAGCUUCAUCACAGCCCACUUCGUCGUCAAAUUACAUAUAUCCAUAUCCCACAACUCUUCUCCCCGUCCCGUACCAUCCCGCUCCGCUUUCCCUCUCAACACUCCUUGGCGUCGUAGUCCCUGCUGCACGCAGUACACGGAGUGUAAGCGUCACCUUGCCAAUGCCCUCUUCCUCCCUCACAAUUGACCCGGGUGGAGGUGAGAUGGAUAUCGACUUUUUUGGAUCCGCUAAUGCUGCAUCUCCUCCGCAUGUCUUCACUGCCCCUCCCAUGAAAGAACACCAAAUUUUCUCGGAUGGCCUCCUUCUUUACCUUGCAGAGGCGACGUACGAGAGUGGAUCGAGUCCGCUGAGUAAUUGGGUCCCUUUGAAGCCUCUGUCAUUACUAUCAACGUUAGACACGGAAGAUAACGAGAGCAUGGAGCACGAGAGUGAUGAUGCUCGUACCAUGCGUACUUCAAAUUUAGAUGGUCCGUUAGAUUUGUUCGAGCGACUCCUUUGUCGUCGUGCUCAGACACGAGUUAAUCAGGGGAAUCCAGGCGGUAUGGAGGUAAUGGAAGCCUGAAGAUGUGUAGUAUGUACAAGGUCGCAUUAUAAAAGAGACACUUGUAUCUUACUAGCUGGUAUCGAUUCCCUCUUACCGGCGGAAUUCCACGUAUGACCUGUACUUUCAAGAUCAUUGACCACUAGUUGAUGUACCAACUAUUGAAUCCACUUCGCCGAUGCGAAAUACGUGUUGUUGUAGGGGUAUGUGGCCAGUAGGUAAGGAGACAGAGGACCUUUCGUGGCAGCCAUCUGUGAUUGAAAGGAUUCCCCACCCACAUAUG